GUCGGUGUCUGAAGAACUGAUUCGGACCUGCUGAGCCCGUUCUGUUUCCGCAAUACAGUCAGUGAUUAAUUUGAUGUGGGAUUUGUUUCUGCAGCACUUAGUUUACCGUUGGUUACGUUCCCGAGUCCUGGGCCUGGUGUUUCGGUGAAGCCUUCGGCUAUUGUGCUGCACAGUUGCGGACUGGUGCCGGAGGAGCUGCGGAUGAACAAGGUCGUGCAUGACUCGUCAUAAACUUAUUUUACUGUCGCUGGAAAAAGUCCUUGAUUUUACUCAAAAGAUAGCCAAUAAUUCGAAGGAUGGGUAAGAAGCAGAAGAAGGAAGUGGAACAAUCUCCCAAAGAUACACACUUUAAUUCACUUAUUAUUGAGAGCAAAAAUCUACAGACAGUGGUACUUAUGCUGGAUUCACCAGAGGAUGAAAUCUUGCUUAAAGCCUGUGAAGCUAUAUACAAAUUUGCAGAAAAAGGAGAUGAAAACCAAUUAAACCUGCUUGGACUUGGAGCAAUUCCAAAAUUGGCUAAAUUAAUAGCUCAUGAAGAUAAACAAAUCCACAAGUAUGCUACUAUGGCAUUUGGGGUGAUGUCCACUCACAGUGAAGUUAGAAAAUCAAUGAGACAGUUGGAUUUUCUACCAUCAAUAAUUACAUGUCUAGCUCCUGAAGAGGAUGUUGUUGUUCACGAGCUUGCUACACUGUGCCUAGCUUCCAUGUCUAUCGAUUUCACGAGUAAAGUAGAAAUUUAUGAAAAAGGGGGGUUGAAACCACUCAUUAGUCUUCUUUCAAGUCCUGAUCCUGAUGUUCAGAAGAACUCCAUUGAGUGCAUUUCAAACUUAAUUAAGGAUGUUUUACCUCGUUCUGCAUUUGCUGAAAUGACUGAAAUUACUCCUCUUCUGAACCUUUUGAACUCUGAAUAUCCUGUUAUUCAGCACUUGGCAUUGCAGACCCUAAUAACCAUGUCCAAUGAUGCAGACAGCAGAACAGGACUGUUUCAGAAUGAAGGUCAUGAGAACCUCCUCAGAGUUCUUGACAAUCCGGAAUUUAGUGAUCUUCAUGCAGAGGCUUUGCUUGUGCUGGCGAAUUGUCUGGAAGAGCCAGAUAAUGUAAUGUAUAUCCGCGAAUCAGGAGCCCUAGAAAAGUUCUUACUAUUUGUAACCUCAUCAACUCAUUCAGAAGCCCAGAAGCAUGCAGCAAAAGCAAUAGCAAAAUCAGCUCUUAACAGUGAAACAAGGCAUAUUUUACAUCAAGAAGGUGUGGAAAAAGCUUUGGUGUUACUUUUGGGAGUCAAUAAUGAUGAAAUCAGAGAGGCUGCUUCUGAAGCCAUAGCAGUAAUGUGUAAAGAUGAAGCUAGUAAAGAGACUUUCAGAGCUGAAGGUAUUUUUCGCCUGGUUCCAUUGCUGAUGAGCAACAAUGUGGAACUGAGAGAGGCUGUUAAUCUAGCUCUAGCAAAUCUGACAACGGCUAACUCCAACAAUGCUAAUGCUGUCUUUGAUGCUGAAGGAGUGGAGCCGUUGGUGAAAUCACUGCUUGAUUCAAGAGAUUCCAUUGUUGCCAGUGCUGCUACUACAAUUACUAACCUAGCUCUACAGGAACCUAUUCGAAACAGUAUUCAGAGUUAUGGGACUAUGACAAUGAUUGUGGAACCACUGAAGUCAAGCAAUACCCUUGUGCAGAGCAAGGCUGCAAUUGUUGUGGCUUCAUUGGCUUGUGAUGUUAAUGGAAGGACUGAGCUGAGAAAUGCUGGAGGACUGGAACCACUUGUUGAACUGUUACAUUCGGAUAAUGAUGAAGUGAGGCGCAAUGCUUGUUGGGCUGUUCUUGUCUGUGGGAAAGAUGAGCCCACAACACAUGAACUUUGUAAAUUAGGUGCAUUGGAAAUUCUACAAGAAAUAAACAUGUCUUCACGUCGUCGGAACAAUUUUAGUGAAGUAGCUGUUAGCAGACUACUUGACCACAAUACAUCUCUCAAAUAUACACUGACUGGAUAUUUGUCAUCCAAUGACAUCAUCACUGAUGGUUUCUAUGAUCCCGGUCGGGUAAAACUGGGCAAGAAAGUCUUGACUCUUGAAGAAUUCAGUAAUCAUGACUUGAACCAGCAUCGGCCAAUACUUCUAAUUAAUGCAAAAAGAACAAAUGAACCCCAGGUGGAAGCAACAUCAACUGAUGACAAAUUUCUCGACGUUCCAGCAGCAAGCAGUGGUCGCAAUAUUUCUAGCAGAAUGGGUGUCAGAGAUAAAUCAUCCAGCAAAGGAAAAGGCAGAGGAAAAAAAGAAGAAGAAAAAUUUAAAGAAGGAGAAACUCUGCAAACCAAGGCUGAGGAGAAAGAGAAAAACAAACAAUGGGAACCACCUUAUGAUGUGCUUUUUGAUUCUUUUAUCAGUGAAGUUACAAGUAGUAUUUUACCACUCCCCAAUCUGAGAGAUCAAGUGGUAUCCCUUGCACUCUUUGUUUCUGAUAAAAUGGGUGGACCUGUAGACAAGGAAAUGUUUCAUGAGUUCACUUGGGAACUUCACAUUGCUGAACUGAAACAUGAAUUAAGAUCUAACAUUAUUCCUAUUGGUAAAAUUCGGAAAGGAAUCUACUAUCACAGAGCACUUCUAUUCAAGGCUUUAGCUGAUAGAAUAGGAAUCAAUUGUAGUCUUGUUCGGGGAGAGUAUAACCGAGCCUGGAAUGAAGUCAUGCUAAUUGAUCACCCUCCUCUAGAUACUGUUGGACUUCUCAUUCCUCCAAAGGCAUACAUUGUGGAUCUCAUGCACCAAGUCGGCCAGUUAAUGAAGACUGACGGUGCUGAAGCAGCACACUAUAAAGUUUGCACAGGUUGUAGCCAUAGGCACUGUAAAUGUUGCAAACAAAUGUCUUGUCAAUGUGAACACCUUGAGCAAACAAAAUGAGUAGUUAUAUAUUUAAAUUUACUGUCCUUAAAAAUAAUUCACAUUAAAAUUGUUGCUGAACUAUCUUAAAAACAUAUUUGAAAAAGUAAUAAAUUUACCAUUCAGAUUUAUUUGGUUCUUUUACUUAUUUUUUAUAUUAGUUCUUUGUGUUCCUGACUUAUUUCUGAAUAAGAAUACUUGAAUGUAACUGACAUGCCUUGAUGCUGCUGGAUUCCAUAAAGAGAAAUAUUCUUUUAGUGCUCCAAAAAGUUGUGAAUGAAUUGCAUUCUGUUUUAUAAUGUUACACCAAAUAGUAAUAUUGUUAUCAUAGAAUUAUAUUUUAUUAAAAUUAAACUGUGUUCCUGCAGAAUCUAACCUCUUUAUUAUCACAAAAUGGAAUUGCUCCAUCACUGUUGGCCUGCCUUCAGCAGCCAGCCCCCUAAGCUCCAAUAUCUCUCCAUCUCCUCUAUCUUGCCAUCUCCUCUCUUUCCUUUCCUUGUAAUUCAGAGAGGGAUGCACUUUACCCCUCUCCUUAUCAACCUCUUGGACAUCUAAUAUCUCAAAAUCUUGAAUUUUGUUUGGAAAUGCUCUGGUGUAGUAUCUAGGGAUGCUUUGUAUAUUCAGGUGCUUUCUUAAAAUUAAUUGUUGUAUUUGCCAGAAUAUAAUACUGGCAAUGUUACCCAAGAUACUAGAAGAAUGACAUUAGAUGGUUACGGAUGUAGUGACAAACAUAGUCAGAGACCAUGGUGUACUAAGCUGUGUCCUUAACUCUCUGUAAUUUAGUGCAAUCUUGGGCAGAGUAAUUACUAGCUAGCACCCAUCCUAUGCUGCAUCAACAAUAAUGGACAGAUUUCUAGACAAUUAUGACUGUCAAAAAUAAUGUAUAUGAAUAUUCCACCAUUCCUGCUGGAAUAUGGAGAAAUAUAUGGACUUUUGAAACAUGUCACUUUCGAACUGUAGACUUUUCUUUUUGUUCUGUUUCUGCGUCUGAGAUUUUUCUCCUGUCACUGUUCUCCAAACAUUUUGGUCGAUGAAUGUUGAUUUUUAAAAAAAAACAAAAUAUACUUUAUUGAUAAUAAAAUUAUUUACAUUUAA